AUGCAAUCCUUCUACCAAGCCGAGAGUCUUGGUGAAGGCACUGGUGACCAACCAACUGAUGGGAGCAAGUCCUCCAGCUCUUGGUAUGGCAGCUUUCGACCAAAAGCUCGGCAGUUGCCACCCAUCUUCUCCUCGCUGUCAGGGCGUGGUUCUGAGGCCGUAAGCAUCGACAAAAGGAUCCGUGAUGCGAACUCUCUCUCAGAGCUACUCAGCAUCAUCAAGGACCGCGUCGAAACGUUCGACGAGGGUAGUCUGGUCAUUGCUUUAUGUACUGGCGCCAAAAUGGUGGAUGACAGGUCCUUUUCUUCUUUGUCAUCCAAUCAUACUUGGCUGCUGCUGCAUGAUCGACUUUGUGAAGCUAUCCCGCGGCUGGAACCACGUGGACUAUCCAUGGUGGCCUAUGCAAUUGCCAAGCUUGGAGAGAACAAGGAAGUGAUGUUGGCAGAACUGGCUCGUGUCUCCAUUUUGAAGGCAGCGGACUUCAGUGCGACCGACGUUGCCAAAAUCUGCUGGGCCUUUUCCAAGUUGGACUUCAUCGAUGGGGCAUUGAACUUCUGGAAAGAGAUGGCCAACGUGGUGCUGAAGCAGGUUGCCACGGCGCGGCAUGUGGAGUUGUCAAUGAUCGCGUGGGCCUUUGGCACUGCGCAGCAGGGCCAUCCUGCCAUGUAUGCAGAGAUAGCAGAUUGCGCCUUGCGGACGAUGCAGGAGUUGACGCCUCAAUGUCUGGCUAACGUUGCGGUGGCCUUUGCCCGGCAGAAUCUUUCAUAUCCAGAGCUGUUCGGAGCCAUUUCCAGGCGUGCCAUGACCGUGAUCAAAGACUUUGCCGACUUUGAUGCGACCAAUCUCUGUUGGGCACAAGCGCGAGCACAGCAGGUGGAUCAUGAACUCUUUCAUCAGCUAGCGACACACACGGUGGCUUCACGCUACGUGAAGCGCUACAGUGCGGAGAUGGCGGCGCAGAUGUGCUGGGCCUUUGCUGUGGCCAAGGUUCAACACGAAGGGCUCUUCAGCGAGCUGACGGACUUCAUCGCGAGACAUGCCAGUGUUUUCGAGGUGCAGUACGUGGCGAACUGUGCCUGGUCCUAUGCUUCCCUGGGCGUUCGGGAUAAUGCUGCCUGGCAGGCUUUGGCAAGAGAAUGUAAGGGUGGCCGGCUCUGGCGAUACCCUGAAGACCAACUGAGUGCCGUUUGCUGGGCCUUUGCGCGAAUCCGCUGGCACGAUGCAGAACUCUUUCAGGACAUGCUCCAAGUUGCGUCGCACAGACUUCCAGAGUUUCAACCUCAAAGCCUCAUCAACUUCCUCUCCGCCGUGAUUGUUCUGUGGGAAGAGGAUUGGCUUAGCACAGGCAGCUUCGAAGACCUCCACGAGAUCGAAGCCCGCGAAGAUCUCAAGGAGAUUUUGGAAGGACUGGUAGAGAGUGUGCUGGCAGAGCUAAAAUCGUCGGACAAGAAACUCCAAGUAGAGGAGCUGGCCAUGGUUGAGCACCUCUUGGACCGAACGCAGGAGUGGAGAGGUAAGGUUUCAACAAGAGAAGGACGUCAAAAUGCAGCCAAAGUCAACCUUGCUGCUGAAGACCCGUUGGAACCUGACGACCUGUCGGCCGCAGAGGCGCCGUUUCGCGAGACUUCGGCGACACACUGUAGAAGCUCAGUCACUGCCACGGCACCAGUCGCAGAGUCCUUGCCCGAGGUUGAUGCAAUCCCUGAUUUUCGCCAAAUGUCGUUUGCAGAUUGGCUAACAAGCAUCGAUCCUUGUGGCGACAUGCUAUGCUAUCAGCCUGCCCUCGAGGAGUGCUAUGAUACUGUAGCACAAGUUGUGCAGACCUACACUUUGCUGGACAAAGAUUCCAAUGGCAAAACGCUGGAUCCGCUUCUCUUCACUGAUUUGGGUAUCUCUGAAGUACACAGGUCGCUCUUCACAAAGUGGUUCGCGCGCUGUGGGGUGCAGGAACCCUGGAAAGCAGAGAGUCCUUCCAAACAUCUUCGAUACAGUGGCUUCAUCCAAUCUUCCAAAAACCUCAGACUUCGUUCAAUUCCACCCGCAUAG